AUGGUCUCCAUGGUUGAUAGUGAUUUGGCCAUGGACUCAAUCGUGCCAAAACAUGAACCUGGUCCUGAUGGAUCGAUCAGCUCGACUGUGUCGACACCAGAUCCAGAAGCAGAACCUCUGACUCAGGAUGCCGCGCAAACUCAGAAGAGGAAGGGAGGCAGGAAACCUAUAUAUGCCACCUCAGAAGAGAGAAAGCAACGCAAUAGGCAGGCCCAGGCGGCCUUCCGAGAACGCAGGACGGAGUAUAUCCGCCAGCUAGAGACCACCAUCAAACGCAAUGAGGAAUCUCUACAGAGUCUGCAGCAGAGUCAUCGCAGUGCCGCCGACGAAUGUCUAAUGCUGCGCUAUAAGAACUCCCUGCUAGAGCGGAUUCUCCUUGAAAAAGGCCGAACUACGCCUGAAAACAGGGGCGCCGGGCGCUCCCCCAAGGCAAACCCAAUGCCUCCAAAGGCAGCCCCCACUGCAGGGGCCCGUCCAAACCCGCGACACCCCGCAGGCAUCGCCUCGAAGCCCGAGACGUUCGGCAUGUCGCAGCGGGAAGGCGCAUACGGGAUCCCGUCGCCGCAGUUCCAAGCAACCCCCACCUCGCACGUUUCCUCGCCCUCGCACGCCAAGUCCCCCGGCUUCGGUUUCCAGGGCGCCAUGUCACCUGUCGAGGGACGGCCUCAACUCCUCCCCCAACCUCGGACUUUCAGUCAGACUUCGCCGCCGGCAAUCAGCAUGCCACAGAGCGAACCGUCAGACUCCAAGCCCCAAUCCCGUGGAGCUAUGGGUCCUCGCGGUGCGCGGGUCGCAGCGGCUGCUUAUUAUCCUUCUCCAUUCCAGAAACACUACGAUCAACUCGAACAAGAGUACGAUGCACAGGCCGACAUGGUCGAUGAAGAUCACGACGGCUCAGCAUCCUAUGUCCCUGGAUUCACCCCGCAGUCCGUCACCUCGGGCUCCCACAAUAUGUCCGGUUUCAACCAACCACCGGGCGAAGGCACCCCCAGCGAUUUCGGUAAUCCAAAUCAGCUGCUCGGCCAGUACGAGCCGAUGCUGGACACGGAUCCGUUCGGGUUAAGCGCUAGCAUGCACUUCCCCACCCCGUUCAACUACGAGCACAACUCGAGGCAAUGA